AUGGCAUUGCGGUUUGAGGCCCUGCACCCGGAGGGAAUCUGUCCUGGAUGGAGCAUCGUGGUCAAGGGUGAGACCAGUUCCAGCUCAAGCAUGUUUGAAAUUAAUUUGCUCUGUGAGCCUGGAGACCAGAUCGCUCUCCACUUUAACCCUCGCCUCUCCAGCUCCAGAAUCGUCUGCAACUCCUUCCUCAACAGCCACUGGGGGCAAGAAGAGGUUAACAGCACCUUCCCCUUCAAAGCCAAGGAGCCCUUUCAGGUUGAAAUCUACUCUGACCAGGACUAUUUCCACGUUUUCAUCAAUGAAAACAAAGUCCUGCAGUACAAGCAUCGGCAGAAGAAUCUUUCGUCCAUCACCAAGUUGCAGAUUCUCGAUGAUAUUGACAUUUCUUCAGUGGAAAUCACCAAACGAGGUCUUUACUAG